GUCCCCGCGCGCACCACUCCGGGCCACCGGAACCACGAGAGGAGUCCCGGGCAAAGUCCACAGGUCUGAGGCGCCCAGAGCCUCCAAAGGUGGCUCAGCAACUAACUGCUCCCCGCGCCAGGGGACGCCUGAUUCCCUCGGGCCUCCCGGCGCUAUCUCCACGGCCUGAGACGGGACUGGGGCCGGCGCCAAGGCUGCCCGGCGCCUGCUUGGAGCUCCAACAGCAGCAGCGGGAGGCCUAGAAUGGCGGCGACGGUGACGCUGGAGCCCGCGGGCCGCAGCCUCUGGCACGAGCCUACGCGCAUCGCCGUGCGCGGCCUGGCCCCGGGACAGCCGGUCACGCUGCGCGCGUCCCUGCGCGACGAGAAGGGCACACUGUUUCGGGCCCACGCACGUUACUGCGCCGACGCCACCGGCCUGCUGGACCUCACGCGCGCGCCCGCUCUGGGCGGCAGCUUCGUGGGGCUCGAGCCCAUGGGGCUCCUCUGGGCCCUGGAGCCCGAGAAGCCUUUUUGGCGGUUUCUGAAGCGCGACGUGCUGACGCCUCUGACCGUGGAGCUGGAGGUGCUGGACGGCCACGAGCCCGAGGCCGGGCGGCUCCUUGGCCGCGCGGUGCAGGAGCGCGAGUUCCUAGGGCCCGGGGUGCGGCGGGAGCCGAUGCGCGCGGGCCGGGUGCGCGCCACGCUCUUCCUGCCACCAGGAACUGGGCCUUUCCCAGGGAUUAUUGACAUCUAUGGUACUGGAGGAGGCCUUUUGGAGUAUCGGGCCAGCCUUCUGGCUGGCCAUGGCUUUGCCACAUUGGCUCUAGCUUAUUAUGACUUUGAAGAUCUUCCCAAGAAAUAUGACAGCAUAUACCUGGACUACUUUGAAGAAGCCCUGUGCUACAUGCUUCAACACUCUCAGGUAAAAGGUCCAGGCAUUGGGCUUUUGGGCACUUCUUUAGGGGCUGAUAUUUGUCUCUCCAUGGCCUCAUUUUUGAAGAACAUCUCAGCCACAGUUUCCAUCAAUGGAUCUGGGUUCAGUGGAAACAAAGCUAUAUACUACAAGCAGACGUGCAUCCCAUCAUUGGGCCAUGAUCUGAGGAGAAUCAAGGUAGCCUUCUCAGGCCUCCUGGACAUUGUGGAUAUAAGGAAUGAUAUUGUAGGAGGGUGUGAGAAUCCCAGCAUGAUUCCAGUUGAGAAAGCCGAUGGGCCCAUUCUCUUCAUUGUUGGUCAGGAUGACCAUAACUGGAGGAGUGAGUUAUAUGCCCAAACAGCCUCUGAACGGUUACAGGCCCAUGGAAAGGAAAAACCCCAGAUCAUUUCUUACCCUGGAACUGGGCAUUACAUUGAGCCUCCUUACUUCCCCAUGUGCCCAGCUUCCCUGCACAAAAUACUGAAUAAACCUGUGAUCUGGGGUGGGGAGCCCAGGGCUCAUUCUAAAGCCCAAGUAGAUGCUUGGAAUCACAUUCUAACCUUCUUCUGCAAACAUCUUGGAGGCACUCAGAAGGGAGCAUCACCCAAAUUAUAAUGCAUUGGUCUGUUGUUGACAUGAGAGAUUCAAAGUCAGAUUCUAGUGCUUAAUAAUCUUAUAUGAAACAGUUGUGCCCUGGAUAACAUUAAAUACAUGUCAUCGGUACUAAUGAUGUAUUAUUUAGGUAACUUUUUUGAACACGUUAAUUUUUCAUUUAUUUUUCUAAUGUAACACAUACUUAUUGUGUUCAAUAAUCAAUUAAAGGUAUACAACAAAAAAAAGUAAAUGUGUCUUCA